UCUAGUUCUUUUUCCCUGCUGUAUGUAUAUGUGAUGUGCAGAGUGGACAAGAAGCAAUCUUGAGUCACCAAAAAGCUGUGAAGCAUGUGUGCUCUUUCAUUCUUUUCGUCUCUUCUUGGUUUUGCCUUCCCAGGAACCAUCUGUGUUUGAAAGAGGACCCAGAAAAAAGACCUUCAUCGAUUGCCAGUCUUAAAACCAUGGCUCAGGCUUCUGUGUCAUUCAAAGAUGUUACUGUGGACUUUAGUCUGGAGGAGUGGCAGCACCUGGACCCUGCUCAGAAGACCCUGUACAUGGAAGUGAUGUUGGAAAACUAUUGCCACCUUGUUUCUGUGGGAUGUCACAUGACCAAGCCUGAUAUGAUCCUCAAAUUGGAAAGAGGAGAGGAGCCAUGGACAUCAUUUGCAGGUCAUACAUGCUUAGAAGAAAACUGGAAAGUUGAAGACUUUUUAUUGAAAUUCAAGGAAGAUUACAAUAAGUAUUCUCAAUCAAUUGCAUGCAUCGAGCCCAAAUCACUGUUUAAGGAAAACAACAAUGCAUUUGAAAAAACACUGAUUAUAGGGAAAAAUGCCAUUCAUUCCAGAAGUCUCCCUCCUAAAUAUGACACUUAUGGAAAGAUGUUUAAAAAUGUUUCAGAAUUAAUCAUGAAUAAUAUAAGCCCCACAAGAAAGAGACUUAGUGAGUAUAAUGGCUACAGACAAACAGUCCUCAAUACUAGACCAGAAACAUCUCACUCAGGAGUCAAAUGCCACAAUCAGUGCAGCAGGACUCUCCAUCAAAAUGAACUUCUUUUGCAAUAUCAUAAGAUGGAAACUACAGCACAGGCAUUCGUUUAUGAUGAUUGUGAGAAUCCCUUCUUUAAAGGAACCUACAGACGGGGAAAUACAUCUGACUAUAAGAAAAGGAGAAGAACCACCAAUGCUGAGAGAAAGCACAUCUGUACUGAAUGUGGGAAAUCCUUCUGCCGGAAGUCAGUAUUGAUGCUGCAUCAGGGAAUCCAUACAGAGGAAAAACCAUACCAAUGUCUACAAUGUGGCAAUGCCUUUAGAAGGAAGUCCUAUCUCAUUGAUCAUCAAAGAACGCACACAGGGGAGAAACCCUUUGUAUGUCAUGAAUGUGGUAAGUCCUUCCGCCUAAAGACAGCUCUCACUGAUCAUCAAAGAACACAUACAGGGGAAAAAUCCUACGAAUGCCCGCAGUGUAGGAACGCCUUCAGAUUGAAGUCACACCUCAUUCGUCAUCAAAGAACACAUACGGGAGAGAAGCCUUAUGAAUGUACUGACUGUGGCAAGUCCUUCCGCCAGAAGACAACACUUUCUCUACACCAGAGAAUUCAUACAGGGGAAAAACCUUACAUUUGUAAAGAAUGUGGGAAAUCCUUCCAUCAGAAAGCAAACCUUACGGUCCAUCAAAGAAUUCAUACGGGAGAAAAACCCUAUCUUUGUAACGAAUGUGGGAAAUCCUUCUCACAGAAGACAACCCUGGCUCUUCACGAGAAAACUCAUAAGGAGGAGAAACCUUACAUUUGUAAUGAAUGUGGCAAAUCUUUCCGCCAGAAGACAACCCUUGUAGCACAUCAGAGAACACAUACAGGGGAAAAAUCCUAUGAAUGUCCUCACUGUGGGAAGGCCUUUAGAAUGAAGUCGUACCUCAUCGAUCAUCACAGAACUCACACAGGGGAAAAACCGUAUGAAUGCAGUGAGUGUGGGAAAUCCUUCAGUCAGAAAACCAAUCUCAAUCUGCACCAGAGAAUCCACACAGGGGAGAAACCUUAUAUAUGUAAUGAGUGUGGAAAGUCUUUUCGCCAGAAAGCAACCCUCACUGUACAUCAGAAAAUACAUACAGGACAGAAAUCCUAUGAAUGUCCUCAGUGUGGUAAAGCCUUUAGCAGGAAGUCAUACCUCAUUCAUCAUCAGCGAACUCAUACGGGAGAGAAACCAUAUAAAUGUAAUGAGUGUGGUAAGUGCUUCCGCCAGAAAACAAAUCUCAUUGUACAUCAGAGAACUCACACGGGGGAGAAACCUUAUAUUUGUAAUGAGUGUGGGAAAUCCUUCAGUUAUAAGAGAAACCUCAUUGUCCAUCAGAGAAUUCACAAGGAAGAAAACAUGGAAAUGCAAUAAAUAAUGUGACUUUUGAAAAUAAA